AUGAGAUCUGUCUCAAGUCUCAGCACAUCUACUCUGUUGAGAUUGCAACCUUUGCAUACAAAUCAGUCGAAAGCUGAAGGUAACGUAGUUGUUUUAUGUAACCCGUUGACAUUACAGUUUAAUGUGUUCCCCAUCUUCCAAGAAUUUGGGUUGAAGGAAAAUCAUGUCGUUGUUUGUGAUCUUUUGCAUUUACCAACGAGCAAAGGAUUAAAAUUGAAGACCAAUUUUUAA